CCCUUGACUUACUCCAUUGUCAUUGAAUUUUAUAGAGAUACACAUCGGGAAGAGAAGGGAGGAAAGAAGAAAAAGAAGAAGAAGAAAGAUGUUCCGCCAAAGUGUCCGGCGUUUCGCGACGAAGAGGGCGCGCAAAGUUGUUGCGCCUGCUCCUGCCCUUCCUGAUCCGUUUGCUAUCUCCAAAGCGCAAGGUAUUGCGAAGGGACUUACCGGAGCCAUCGGCAACACGCCUCUGAUUAGACUCGACAAGCUCUCCAAGGAAACAGGAUGUCACAUCCUCGGCAAGGCAGAGUUCAUGAACCCAGGCGGCUCAGUCAAGGACCGCGCAGCACUCUACGUCGUCAUGGACGCCGAGGAGCGCGGGCUCCUCAAAGCCGGCGGGACCGUCGUCGAGGGGACAGCAGGCAACACGGGCAUCGGUCUCGCGCACGUGUGCCGGUCGCGCGGGUACAAGCUCGUGAUCUACAUGCCGGACACGCAGUCGCAGGGCAAGGUCGACCUGCUCCGCCUGCUCGGGGCCGAGGUCUACCCGGUGCCGGCCGUGGCCUUCGAGAACCCGGAGAACUACAACCACCAGGCGCGCCGCCACGCCGAGCGGCUGCAGCAGGAGACGGGCAACGCCGUCUGGACGAACCAGUUCGACAACACGGCGAACCGCCGCGCGCACAUCGAGACCACGGGGCCGGAGAUCUGGGCGCAGACCGAAGGGAAAGUCAACGUCUUCACGUGCGCCACGGGCACCGGCGGCACGCUCGCGGGCAUCACGCGGUAUCUCAAGGAGAUCUCCGACGGCGAAGUCAAGAGCAUCCUCGCCGACCCGCCGGGAUCGGUGCUGCACUCGUACAUCCAGUCCGGCGGCAAGCUGGCGGAGCGCAAGGGCGGGAGCAUCACGGAGGGCAUCGGCCAGGGGCGCAUCACGGACAACCUGGCGCCCGACAUGGAGCUUCUCGACGGGAGUCUGCAGGUCUCGGACGAGAAGAGCAUCGAGAUGGUGUACCGAUGUCUGGACGAGGAAGGCGUGUACCUGGGGGCCAGCAGCGCGCUGAACGUGGUCGCGGCCAAGGAGGUCGCGGAGAUGAUGGGGCCGGGCCACACCGUCGUCACGGUACUCUGCGACGGCGCGUACAGAUAUGCCGACCGCCUGUUCUCGAGGAAGUGGCUCGAGAGCAAGAACCUGCUUGGGGCUAUCCCGAAGCGUCUGGAGAAGUACAUCGUCUUGGCGUAAGACACCUGCGAAAUUUCGAUGGGAGUCAACUGGAAGGGAAAAGAGCAUAGCACCGUGAUUCUGUUACUGCAUUGAGCCAGCUGGUGAAACAUCUACCAACGUGAAGUUGAGGUGGGGGCGUGCACGCUCUGAGCGGACUUGAUUAGAUGCUGCUGCCACCA